AUGCACCUAACGUUUACUUCCUUGACGAGAAUAUUUAUGUUUUGUUUCUGCCCAAAUAUUCUGAAGAACAACACCACAAAAAGCAAAGAGGCAUGGUUAAGUCUUAUGUGCUAUGCUGGUGGUCUAACAUAUGCUAAAGAAGAGCCCAGGAAGUGGCUAAAAAUUCCAAAUCUAGUUCAAGUUAAACGCUUUGCAAUGGCUGUUUUGGAACAUUACCAACUGCAAAAAACGGAAAUUGAUGUGGCUCUUAAGGAAAUUGCAACCACUGGAGAUAUCUCAAAGCUAUUGUGGUGCUAUGAGACAUUGAUGAGUCAGCGUGACAUUGGUUUCAGUGACUUUGACAAGAAUGAAGAGCAUCACCGUGAUAGUAUUUACUACACACUUCUCAGGAAUCCACUUCUACAAGGACAUGUAGAAUUCAAAGUCAUGAGG